UUAUAUGAAGAUAAAUAUCGCAGUAGUCGGGGUACCAGGGCAUCGUGUACUUGUGUUACUGUGUACUGUGUCUCGGAGAGGAAAUCUCGCAGUCUUGCGACGGACGAGCGCCUGCAUCGCUCCAAUUUUCCAAUUCCGCAUAAUACGUGAUAAUCACCAGCAUCCGUACCACUUCGUGACACUUUAAACUAAGAUAAUAAAGUUUUCUGAUGCCAAGAUGGACGUGGAAGCCGCUCGAGAUGAUAUUAGUGUCGAAGAUGGGAGUUUUAUUGUUUACACUGAUAUAUAUUACUCAGUUAAACGAUCAAGGAGUUUUUGGCGGAAGAAACCAUGUGUAACAGAAGACAAUAUCAAUGAUCCAAAUGUCAUACUCCGGGGAGCAUCUGGUGCCCUCAGACCUGGGCGGAUGACCUUCAUCCUAGGCCCUUCAGGAGCCGGCAAGACCACACUACUCAAAAUACUGGCUGGAAGAAAAAAGACGGGUGUAUCUGGAUGUUUGUACGGUGCAGGUCGCAGCUCCGUGCUGGUGGCUCAGGACACCACGCUCAUCGACACCCUCACUGCUGGAGAGACGCUGCAAUUUGCUGCCAGUCUCAAGCUACCCAAUGUUUCGCAAAGAGAAAGGACAAAUGCGAUCACGACAGUCACUAAGCAGCUAGGUAUACACGAAGUCCUGAAAACUAGAGCUGGUAGACUGUCAGGUGGAGAACGGAAGAGGCUGAUUAUAGCCUGACGUCGAUAUCUCAAGACCUACAAUAGGCACAUUUAUGAAAUUUUGUAUUUUAGAUAAAUAAAAUAGAUGGAUGAGCCUACCAGUGGAUUAGACGCUGUCUCCUCACUGUCCGUGGCUCGAGCUCUUCACACAGUGGCCCGCAGUGGACGCACCAUAGCAUGCGUUCUCCAUCAACCUUCGUCACAACUCUUCAACAUAGCUGAUGACGUCAUAGUGCUGGCUAAUGGCCGGACGCUAUACGCGGGAGCCAUAGCCGACAUUCCCAGUGCAUUGACUAGAGCAGGCUUCAUAUGCCCACAGUAUUAUAAUAUAGCUGAUUAUUUGUUAGAAGUAGCAAGCAACGAGCACCCUGGUGACAUGAAUCUCUUGGAACAAGAAGCCAACAGCUACGCUCACGAGAUGAGCAAGAUUGCCAGAAACGAAAUAUGCAAUGGAAAAGGAACAGAUUUAUCCCCGGAAUCGGUAGCUCUCUUGAACCCCAGCCCUACACCUUCGAAGGGAUACGCCGCCAGUGGGUGUCAGCAGCUCAGGGCCCUUCUAUGGAGAUGUUACAAAGGAGUCGUCAGAGAUGUUUACUUGACACAGAUUCGACUGCUAUGCCACUUCGUCGUGGCAUUACUGCUGGGUGCUUUAUACUACGGCGCCGGCGCUGACGCGGGCCGAAUGAUGUCAAACACUGGAUGUCUGUUCUUCUUCCUGCUGUUUCUCUUCUUCUCGAAUGCCAUGCCUACUAUACAUACAUUCCCUGUGGAAGCCAAAGUGGUCCUGCAUGAACACUUGAACAAGUGGUACUCAUUGCCAGUUUACUGCGCUUCCAAAAUCAUUGUGGACUUACCUAUACAAUUACUAUGUGCGACAGUAUUCCUAUUCCCGGCCUGGAUUUUGACUGCACAACCUCUAGAACCUGAGCGCAUGGCGUUAGCAUGGCUGACGUGUGCACUAGUCACUAUACUAGCUCAGACAUUCGGAUUCGUUGUUGGCGCGUCAUGUGGGAUGAAGCUGGGGCUGUUCGUGAUUCCAGCCGCAAACAUUCCAAUGCUGAUGUUCUCCGAGUUCUUCAUUCCAUACCGUGAGAUGCCAGUAUACCUUCGACCCUUCGCCACUAUCUCCUACUUCCGAUACGCAUUCGACGCUUUCCUAGAAACCGUAUAUGGCAUGGAUAGAAAAAAACUGCCGUGCUAUGAAGUAUUCUGCAUGUUUAAGAAUCCUGCCAAACAUCUAGAGUUCCUAGGUCUUUCUAGAGACUUACAUGCGGAUUAUUUAGCUUUAGUACUAUGGAUAGUUUUGUUACAAAUAGCUUUAGUUGUCGUUUUACUACUACGGGUAUAUAAGGCUUGCAGAUAGAUGAAAUGUUAAUGUUUAACUAGAAUAAUUUUGAAAAGGUUUACUUGCAAAAUCUCACCGUGAAAGAACAUUUUAAUGAUGUUAAGUCGCAAAAUGGUGUGUCAUGUAAAUAACGUAUAAGUUGACCUGUCUACUUUGAUUCUCUCUAUAGUCUCUCAUAGAGUACCCUUAGUAUGAGUUUGCGCUUUCGGCGCUCUGAUUGGCUGGCUCGAAUAAACCAACCAAUCAGAACGCCGAACGCGGUCUCGUUUCGAUUACUUUAAACGUAAAACAAACUCGUACUAGGGGUAUUGAGCACGCAAUGAACAACAAUUAAUACUUAUGUUGAUCUGAUAAGAGUAGAAGUACUUAUAGGUACAAAUAUAGAUAGAUAGGUAAGAAAAUAUAUAAAAUUUUAUUAUUUUGUAAGAAUGUUUGUUUUGUAAUGAAUUGAAUGAAACUUAAUAGUGAGAUGUAUUUAUUUUAAUUUUCUUUUUUAUUAUAUGACUUAGCAGAAAUAUUUUAGGUAUGUAUAAGUUUUCUUUGUAACAUCAAGGGAAAGGUUAGAUUUUUAAACAGUUAUUUCAGAUAAGGAUAUGGAAUAAAUGAAGGUGCUAAGCAAAAUCGACAAAAAAUAGUCAGCCGUAAUGCCUACUUGAUAAGGGAAGCUGUGGGCCUAAUUAUAUACCUACCUUUAAAAAAAUAUCAGCUGUAAUGCCUACCUACCUAAUGUAUGUAUACCAUUUGGACAUCUUUAUAAAAUUCACAGGGUAAAAAGUCUAGCAUAAAACGAGUUCGAAGUUUAAAUUGUCUUUUUUUAUAAUAAAGUAAGGUAUUGCCACUCAAAUGUUCAUAUACACAAACGCCACUCAAUUUUAAGACGCUCACAAUAGUUCUAUCGCUACAAGUUCUUUAUAAAAGACAGAGAUAGAACGAUAUUUAAGUACAAUUUAAAAUUGAGUACCGUUUCAGUAUUCGGGCGAAAGUAUUUCUUAAAAUGAGUUAUAUCAUGUCAUUUUUUGUUGUUUAACCGACUUCCCAAAAAGGAGAAGGUUCUCAAUUCAGCCGGUAUGUUUUUUAAUACCUACUUCUCUCUCAAUGAAUUUAUUAUAAACAAAAUGCAAAUAAACGAUAUGAAAUUAUUUAUUCCGUCGAUAAUUUUAUACAAUUGAUUUUGUAAAUUAAUAAUAAUGUUUUGUAAUAAUUUUUAUAUAUUGUAUGAAGUGUAAUCGGCACAGUUCCAUCAAUAUUGUCUUUGUUUAAUUAUUAUGUGAUAACAAUACGAAUUGUGCCAACAAUACAUGGUUCAAAGGGCAAUUAGAUUACAUACAGUUGUUGAUAAUGAGUAGGUAAUUCCCGGAAACCAGCUCUUGAAACUACCCAAAUAUGUUUAAUAAAUUUUCAACUUUAUUGUUAGACAAUAGGGAUGAAAAUCUAUUAAGGGAAAUGGUCAGAUGGGGGUAACUCAAUGUGCUUGUUGUCUGUAAAAUUGUUUUCCGAAUAAAUGGCAAUAUUUAAAUUUGAA